UCCCACCGAAGUUUGAUACCAACCAGAAAAACAAAACAUACUUCAUUAUACUACCGGUAUAUAAAAAUCUUUCUUCACGUCAAGUGUUUUACUUCUUUCUUAAGAAUCUCUAAACUAGACUAGACUAGAUGGCGGAUGUUAUAAGAUUGUCAGCGGCAGCGUUUCGUUGUUCAUCGUUGCUCUUUGCAUCCACGUUGAAUUCUGGACAACCGGGUCUUUCACCCAAAUUUAAUUUAGGUAGUGAAAGUAGUAAUCUUUCUUCUUCUUUUGCCGGUGUUUCUCGCCUUCCUUUGACUUCCAGAAAGCAAUUGCAAUCUUUCAAGGUGCACGCAACUAUCACUGAAAUAAGCCAACCGCAAUGGUGGGAAAUAAAUGCAGGGCCUAAUAUGAUCGACAUUCACUCUACUGAAGAAUUUUUGAGUGCCUUAAAUGAUGCUGGAGAUAGAUUAGUUAUUGUUGAAUUUUAUGGAACUUGGUGUGCUUCUUGCAAAGCUUUAUUCCCCAAGCUCUGCAAGAUAGUUCGAGAUCACCCGGAAAUUUUGUUCCUCAAAGUUGAUUUUGAUGAGAAUAAGGCUAUGUGUAAAAGUUUGAAUAUUAGGGUGCUUCCUUAUUUCCACUUCUACCGUGGAGCGCAUGGACAAUUGGAGUCGUUUUCAUGCUCACUUGCCAAGAUUCAGAAAAUGAGGGAUGCCAUUGAAAUGCACAGCCAGCCGUGUAAAGUCGGUCCAUCUAAGAGGGUUGGAGGCCUGAAUCUUGAAUCAGUAUCCGCACCGUUUAAAAAUAUUGGAGAAUCGAACUAAACACGUGAUUUGUUAUAAAGUAUUGUCUCUAUACAUGUGCGUUGCCAUAUAUAUUGCACACCAGUAACCUCUCCUUUUGAUUUUGCACAAUGUUUAUGCAUAUUGCUAUUCUUUUUCCUGUAAAAGAAUACAAACAAGCAAUUCCUAGCUUGCUCCAUUCUUUUUACAUUCUUAAUCUGCCGGUGAUAUAUGCAAUGUGACCUCACAAUUCAAUCAGAAAUCAAAUUCCUAUGUCACUGUUGAAUUA